CUAACACUAAACCUCUUAUAAGAAUGACCACCAUACCUCAUAUUUCCAAUCAUUAAAAUAUGCUCAACAAAUCAAGUUGGGUCCCUUUACAAACACACAAGAAAAAAAAGAAAAUAAUAAAGAAAGAAAGAGAGCUUCAUUGGAGCCAAUAUACUUAAUAGUACUACCACUUUUGUCUUUUGGCUCUUGCUCCUAUAAGUAUACCCUCUCAUGCUCUUUUAUUCCUUAAGAAGCUAGCUCUACUUAUAUAUUCCUAAAAUCUAAACCUCAUAUUGCGGCAACCCAUAUGGAAGAAGCAUCUUUGAUCACCUCAUAUUGUGAUCACCAAACCACCACCACCUCCACCUCCACCUCCUUCUCCACCACCAACGGCACCGCGGCCACAAAAACCUCCACUAAAAGGCCGAAAACAGAGAAAACUUGUAAUGAGGGUAGGAAAAAGAAGUGUAAAGAUGAUUUUGAAGGAAAACACCCAACAUAUAGGGGAGUAAGAAUGAGGAAUUGGGGUAAAUGGGUGUCAGAAAUCCGGGAGCCAAGAAAAAAAUCAAGGAUUUGGCUAGGAACUUUCGCCACAGCUGAUAUGGCAGCUCGAGCACAUGAUGUUGCGGCUCUAGCCAUCAAGGGUCACAAUGCAUACCUUAAUUUCCCUGACUUGGCUCAUCAACUACCCAAGCCUGCUAGUACAACUCCUAAGGAUAUCCAAGCUGCGGCUAUUAAAGCUGCGAUGGAUUUUCCCGGCUUAUUACAAUCUCAACCAUCACACUCACACCAAGCCGACUCACCAGCUACAACAGCCACUUCAUCUUCCUCCAAUUAUGAUACUUCAUCAUCAGCUUCAUCUUCUAAUUUUGAUGAUACUAUAUUCUUCAACUUGCCUGAUCUCUUCUUGGACCUUGAAAAUGCCAUUGAAUUCGGCCACUCGCUUCGUUGGCGGCUGCCUCAAGCCGAUGAACCGCCGGUUAACGCUGAAGAUCAUCAAACAGCCGAUCCAUUUAUUAUAUGGGAGUAUUAAAUUACGUUCAUUUUUAGUCUAGUUAAUAAUAAUAUUAUUGACUUUCAUCAUCAUGCCCUGCUUAGUGCUUACCCUUUUGCAAGAAACAUGGCAUAUUAGGUUUGGCAUUAAUAAUUUAAAUGUACAUUUUGCCACUUUUCAUCAAAUUAUAGACAAAAUUUCUGGCAACUUCAAAAUGGUCAAAUUUGGGAGAGCAAGAAGCUAAGCUAUCAAGUAUCAAUUGUGGCGUGUUUAUGAAGGGAUUAAGAUAUGAUGGCUAAUAUCGUGCUUCAUAAUUUUACUCUGCCAAAAUAUAUGCUAUAUUAUAAGCUAAAGGGUGUUGGCUGGCACCCCUGAUUUUCAUUUUUAACUAACUUUCGUUUUCUUACUUGUUGAGUAACUUUUGAGAAAUUGUAUGUCAGAUUUUUUUUUUUAAUCAAUUCGUCAUGGAAAAACCAAAAUAUAUAUUAUUAGGUAGAGAUUUAUGGAGUAUGUAGAAUUAAUUAGUCUUACCUUAUGUGAGAAAUAUAGAUUUAAUUAGUCUUACCUUACGUGAGAAAUAUAUUGUUGUAGAUUUAGCUCUUUUGCCUUUUCUUUUGACCUCUCCUUGAUCUUUUUCUUUGUAUAAUGCAACUACUUUGUGUACAAUUACAGUCCACUUAAUUAGAGAAUAAACAGGUUCUUUUCUAGGAGUU